GCCAACCGCCGUAAAAAUAUAAGGAGAAGGAGAAGAAGAAGAAAAUGAAGUACUGUACGCACGCGUGAAAACAAGUCGAGCGCACGCCAAUAUGUGUCAGUUAAACGAUUCCAUUGAAUAAGUAUUGAGAGAAUUGCACACUUCUAAACGGGCUGAAGAAAAGCAUCGUAUGGUUGGACACGUUUUGUCUCUUAGUUUGUGAAUUUGAGGCGGUCAUGUGUCAAGUUGAAGAAGACUAUAAUGGUCUGGAGUGUAACCAGGAGAAGAUAACUGUGCCGACGCUUAACAGGAAGUGUAUGAAAUGUAAGGAGGGAACUGCUGUGCUCAUCAUUCGGGUCAAUGAUGCAUUUUGCCGGUCCUGCUUUAAGGAGUACUUCAUACACAAGUUUCGGGCCAUGCUGGGAAAGAAUCGUGUCAUCUUUCCUCAGGAGAAGGUUCUUCUUGCUGUUUCUGGUGGCACAGCCUCUUGCUCGAUGCUCUCACAAGUUCAAGAGGGGCUGAGUCGGGAGGCUCCCAAAAAGUUAAGAUUUGUGCCUGGAAUCAUAUACAUUGACGAUGGCGGAGCUUGUGGCCGGAGUGCAGAGGAGCGGCAGAGGUCUAAUGCUCUGCUGAAGAGCAUCUUCACAGAGACCGGCUUCACUUACUUUAUAGUUUCUCUAGAGCAGGUUUUCAGUCUGCCUACCUCUGUACUGGUGCCUGGCACAUCUGAUCCAGACCCAUCCAAUCCCAGCUAUAAACAAGCCGUGGAUCAGUAUAUCAAAGAGAAACAGACACUCACAGAAGAGAAUGUAGCCAGUGCUGUGGCUCAGCUCAAUAUAGAAGACUCUGCAUAUUCUCCCGAACACAAGCUGGCAUUAGAGAGGCUGUUCUCAUCAAUGAAGACACUCACAGCCAAAGAGGAUAUGCUACAGACCUUAAGGCAGCACCUGAUUCUGCACAUUGCCCGUGAGAACGGCUACUCAAAGGUCAUGAUGGGGGAUAGCUGCUCACGACUGGCCGUUAAACUGCUCAGUAAUAUCGCUCUGGGUCGUGGAGCAGCACUGGCUUCAGAUACGGGUUUCUCCGAUCCUCGGUAUGGGGAUGUGGUGAUAGUGCGGCCCAUGAGGGACUAUUCCUCCAAAGAGAUCGCCUUCUACAGCAGGAUGUUUAAUGUGCCCUCAGUUUUUAUCUCAGGACUGGAUACCAAGACCCACGAUAAAGCCAGCAUCCAGCGACUGACGGAGAGUUUCGUCACCAACCUACAGUUUGACUUCCCCUCCACUGUUAGCACUAUCUACAGAACUAGUGAGAAACUUCAUACGGUAAUGCCCCCUCAAAGUCAAACCGCUGAACCUGCCUCCAAGUGCCUGCUGUGUCUCUGUACUCUCGACACUAAAGUAGAUAAAGCUUCUGCCUUCCAUGCUACUUUGGUAUCUGAGCAGCUGUCUCAGAUUAAACUUCAGGACCCGUCUCUAGAUGCACCAGCACAGUCUGCAGAGCAGUGCUGCACAGAGGGUCAGGGUUGUGGGCCUGGAGGCUGCUGUUCCUCAAACAGGUUGCCUUCACAUCAGGACUUGAAGACGCUCUUGUGUUACAGCUGUAGACUCACUAUCAAGGACAUGGUAGCAACAAACACUCUUCCACCUUACAUCAUAACAGAGGCAGAAAAACGACAGAAAAGAUCACAGAUGAAGAUGGAAAUCAGCGAGUACCUUUUGGAGGAUGAUGAGGAAGAUGGAGGGACUGCGGCUCUCUAG